AUGCCGUUCCACUCCACCCACCAUCACCACCAAGGCUCCCAGAGCGCGCAGCACACGCCGGCGGGGGCCAUCUACCAAGCCGCGCAGGCCCUGGGCUCCAUUGGGGCGCCUACGGGAAACCUCCGCGUCGCAACCACGGGAACGACGAGUGCAGGAACGGAUGCUCUGCUCCCAGAUAGCGGAAACGCGUCUGGGUUGCAGUCCGCUGGAGGCCACAGUGCUCCCUCGACGGCUUCGGGCUUACCUGGCUCCUUCGACCAAGCCCACCACCGUGCGCCUACAUUGGGUCGCAUGCCAGAGGAGCUGCAUAUAUCUACCUCGACGGCGCAGCAACCGCUCCAUCAGCACCACCAGCAGCAGCAGAUGUACCAUUCACCGGACCAAUAUUCGGCAGGCGCUGCACCAGCCGUCAACCUCCACCAGACUACAUCUCAGGCAGGUCAGUUCGCCGACACAUCCUCAUCUGCGGCGCUUCCUGGUAGCUUGCAGCCUGGAGGCACCUCUCAGCACCAGCAGCAACGCCCGGGCCCCUCCUCCGCAUACACCGCACCCUCGACAGUCCCUACGAUGCCCCAACUCAACACCAACGCCCAGCAAUACACCCUCCCUACACGUACCAGCACCAUGACUCAACAGCAACAGCAUUCCUCGUCGCAUAACUACUCGCGGUCAAGCCCGGCAGGCCUGGGUCCCGACCAGAAGUACAUUCCUUUCUCCAACACUCCCGAGAACAGUCAAAAGUACCUCGCCGGCACUCCCGCUCAGAAAUACUACCCCACUACUCCCUCGGGCGCUGCAUCCAAUUCUCCCCUCGGUCUUGCUGAUAUUCGCCCUCGCGCCAACUCGAGUCUGAAUGAGGACGGCAUGGGCGCCGCCACCUUUUUCAACGAUGGCGAUCGAGCGCCUUCCAACAGCAAUUACCUAGCUCCUUGGGGCGUCUAUGCAUUCGACUGGUGCAAGUGGCAUGUGAAUGGCGGGAACAGCGCGGGGAAAAUGGCGGUUGGAAGCUACCUUGAGGAUACCCACAACUUUAUCCAAAUUCUCGACACCCACAUCACUCCUCAGGACGUUUCCGCGCCUGGCUCAACCCCAUACGGCCUCGAAUACACACGAAUAGCCGAAGCGACAUGUUCAUACCCAGUCACUAGGAUACUCUGGGAGCCUCCAGCGUCCAACAAACAGUCCACGGACCUCCUUGCGACCUCCGGCGACCACCUGCGGCUGUGGUCUCUGCCUCCGCCCUCUGGAUCCACCGCCAGUAAUACCAUUACAAGAUCAUCGUCAGUCAAUACGCGAGAACCUCCGCCGCAGAAGCUCACCCCGCUCGCGCUCCUCUCGAAUUCCAAAACCCCAGAGCACACGGCCCCUCUGACAUCACUGGAUUGGAAUACGAUGUCACCCAAGCUCAUCAUAACUUCGAGCAUAGACACGACUUGCACCAUUUGGGAUAUACCCACGUUGACGGCGAAGACCCAACUCAUCGCACAUGACAAGGAAGUAUUCGACGUUCGCUUCUGUGCGGGCAGCGUCGAUGUGUUUGUAAGCUGUGGUGCUGAUGGCAGUGUGCGCAUGUUUGAUCUCCGGAGCUUGGAGCACAGUACCAUUAUCUACGAGCCAUCAGAAAAGCUGAUUAGCGAUAGAGACAGGAGCUCCCCGUCCGGGCGUAUGUCCCCGACCAAGGCACAGCAAACAAUGUCUUAUGCCCCGCCGCUACUUCGGCUUGCUGCCUCGCCGCACGACUCGCAUCUGCUCGCAACUUUCGCUGCCGAUUCUUCGUUGAUUCGCGUCCUGGACGUCCGCCAACCGGGGCAAGCUCUCCUUGAGCUCCGUGGCCAUUCGGCGGCUGUCAACUCCAUCGAGUGGAACCCGUCCCGGCGAGGGAUGCUCGCAUCAGGCGCCGAUGACCACCUGGUGCUCAUCUGGGACUUGCUACAUGCGGAGAAUUCUGCAACGAUAAGUGAGAGCACGCCCGGGGGAGCGCAGGCCAGCACCCCAAGGAGCGCGCAUCCAACCAAUGGAUCGCAACGGAGUGAACAGGUCAGUCAGAAGGGGCCGUAUGCGAGCUGGAAAUGUGAUUACGAGGUUGGCAACAUCAGCUGGGCACCACAGAGUGUGCUCACGUCGCAAGGAGGGGAAUGGGUGGGUGUUGCUGGCGGACGAGGAAUAUGGGGUGUCAAGCUAUGA